UGUCUCCGUUUCUUACCUUUCCCUCCAUAGAUUCCACAUUAAGGAGCGUAUCCGUCUUCAUCAUGGCUGACGGAGAGCCACCGCAGGUGAACACACUUGUAUUCCGCGGCGAGGUCAAGGGCGAUCCCGAGAGCGCAGUGGAGAGCGCCGCCGAGGUCGCGCUCCGCUAUCUGUCCGACGAGUACGGCUUCCACCUCGACGACUUCAACUACUCCGCCUACAUUGAGAGCAGGGAGACUCUGCUCGUCGCACAGGAAUACAACCGCAAGCUGGGCGCACUGCUCAAAGCUGUGCAGGACAGGGCCAUCCGCAAGAAGCAGCAGCUGGACAAGCUUGUCCAAGACGUGAAAGAGGUCUGCCUCAACUUCGCCGACGUGCUGCCUGUGCGUGCUGCUGGCCCGAGCGGCGUCGAGUAUGUCGGUCCACCUUCGCCGCCGGCAGGCGGAUACGACAAGCUGGCCCUCGAUCUCGUCCAGCUUCUUCAGUAAGAAUGUGUUUCCAGCUUCUUCAGGUCUGUACGUGCUGGGAACUCGUCGAAUGUUGUCCUUAGCUGCUCAGUUUAGAUGUGUAGGUACCUAUCUUAGAAUCGUCUAGUAGUAAAAUGGUAUGCUUCAUGCAUCCAGUUUGUUCAUUUUGGGAAAUGCUUGCUCUG